ACGCCCAUUCGUUAGCCGGGCGUGGCCUAAUGCUUUAUUGCAUGCUGCUUUUGCUGCUACUCUGCAGCGUCCAAGCGCACAAGCCCAAAACUGUCAAGCAGCAGCAACAACAACAACAGCAGCAGCAACAGCAGCAACAUCAGCCGUCGCACAAUAAUGUUGUUACCGUAAACGAUAUGGGCGGUGCGACUAACUAUCAAGGCAAACAACUAACGCAGCACACAUCAAACGAGGACGAAGCGGAGCUGCUGUAUCCUUACAAGUCCGAGGAGCAAAUGUUUGAUGCCAUCGAGGAGGAGCUGGGCGGCGAGCUGCAUGCUGAGGAUAAUGCGCCCAAUCAACAUGGUAUCAAUGAAACGCAGUCCGACAAUUCAAACACCACGAAAACGCCAUUAUUUCCAAAAGAUCUUUUCACGAAAGAACAGCUCGAGAAUGGCGCUGUCAUCCUGCACAUCAUAGGUGUAAUAUAUAUGUUUGUAGCGCUGGCGAUUGUCUGCGAUGAAUUUUUCGUGCCUUCCCUUGACGUAAUCAUUGAAAAGCUCGGCAUCACUGACGAUGUGGCUGGCGCAACGUUCAUGGCUGCGGGUGGCAGUGCCCCGGAGCUUUUCACAAGUGUCAUUGGCGUUUUCGUGUCGUUCGAUGAUGUUGGCAUUGGUACGAUCGUUGGCUCCGCCGUCUUCAAUAUACUCUUCGUGAUUGGCAUGUGUGCGCUUUUCUCACGCACUGUAUUAUCCCUAACCUGGUGGCCGCUAUUUCGCGAUUGCUCAUUCUAUAGCAUCAGUCUGCUGGUGUUGAUCUACUUUUUUCGCGACAAUCGCAUCUUUUGGUGGGAGGCGCUCAUACUGUUUACCAUCUACAUUGCCUAUGUGACAUUUAUGAAGUGGAACGUUCAGGUGGAGCAUUGCGUCAAGAAGAUGAUUACCAAAAACAAGGUGACUCGCGUCAGAAGUACAGAUCAACUUAUGCCAGCAGGUAAUGCGGCGAACUCAUCUGAAACAUCGAUGGCCACUCAGCCGGGCGGUUCGGUGACAUCCCGAGCGGCGAGCGAAACACGCUCGGGUCCGGCCGGUUGCAGCAAUGCGGGCGCUACAGGUAAUAGCAGUGGUGGGACCGCUGGUAGUACUCAGACCGGUGCAAAAUUCCGUCAUGGCCUAUUACAGCUAAUGAUACAUACGAUAGAUCCACUACACGAUGAUGAUGUUCCAGGCAAAGUGGACGAGAAGGCGACACAGCUGCAUGCGAUUGCCUCGCUUAAGGUACUGCUGGAUGCUACGAAGCCGCAACGAGGUGGCGCCACCACCUCGGCGGCCAAUCACGUCAAGAUCAAUCUAAAGGAAACCACAUUGGCCGAUCGUCCCAAUGGAAAUAUCGAUACGACGCUCGAUUCGCCAUCCUUAAGUGGUCGACGUCCUAGCUGGAUUGAGCAGAGGGUCAAAAUUCAGACACGCAAAUUUAGCAUCAAAGCGCCUGAAAUCGAGGACGAACCGGAGCCCCUUAGCAUGGCCUGGCCGGAUACGGCGCGCAAGCGACUCACCUAUGUCCUGGUCGCUCCGCUGCUGGUCCCAAUGUGGUUAACAUUGCCCGAUACGCGCACACCGCGUGGCAAACGCUACUUUCCGGUCACCUUCAUAGGCUCCAUUGUUUGGAUAGCUGCCUUCUCCUAUCUGAUGGUCUGGUGGGCCAACGUGGCUGGUGAUACUGCCCGCAUACCCCCAGAGGUUAUGGGACUGACCUUCCUGGCAGCAGGAACCUCCAUACCUGAUUUGAUAACAUCGGUGAUUGUGGCGCGCAAAGGCUUUGGCGACAUGGCCGUGUCCAGUUCGGUGGGCAGCAAUAUAUUCGACGUGACUGUGGGCUUGCCCAUACCUUGGCUACUGUAUGGCCUAAUCUACGAUGCGCCCGUUGAGGUGAACUCGGUGGGCAUGGUCUGUUCCAUUACCAUCUUGUUUAUGAUGCUCGUAUUCGUGGUGCUGUCGAUUGCCUGCUUCCGUUGGCGCAUGAACAAGGGUUUGGGCUUUACCAUGUUUCUGUUAUACUUUGUCUUUGUUGCUGUUUCGCUGAUGUUCGAAUAUGAUUUGAUCACCUGCCCAUUUUAAGGUGUGGCUGCCAAACGUCCAGCAAAGACAAAAUGAACCGAAAAGAUCACAGCGCAGUCAAGUAGCUAAAUCUAAAUAUAUAUAUAUACACACGAAGAGUAAACAAAUUAAAGCAUUAUUAAUAAAUU